AUGAGCGAGGUGCUGCCGAGCGCCGACCCGCUCGACGCGACGGACUUUGACGUCGUCGACUAUUUGAACGCCCAGUUCCCGAGCGAGCGGUCCAUCCCGCGCCUCGACCCCUUCAUCAAGGACGUGACGCUGCAGAUCGCGAGCCUCGACGACGAGAUCUCGCGGGCCGUCCACGCGCAGGCCGAGGCCGGCGCGCGCGCGGCGCGCGACAUCGCGGACGCGCGCGCGGCGAUGGCCGAGCUCGAGGGCAAGGUCGGCCUCAUCCGGAGCAAGGCCGAGGAGUCCGAGGCCAUCGUCGCCGACAUCUGCAAGGACAUCAAGCGCCUCGACCGCGCGAAGCGGAACCUGCAGUCGACGAUCACGGCGCUGAAGCGCAUGCACAUGCUCACGUCCGCGGUCGACCAGUUGAGAUUAGCAGCGGGCGACGGCCGCUACGGCGAGUCGGCGACGCUCCUCGAGGCCGUCGGCCAUUUGCUCGAGUACUUCGCGCCCUACGGCGACGUGCCGCGCAUCGCCGAUUUGAACGGCGAGGUCGCGGCGAUCCGGGCGUCGCUCGAGACGGAGGUCCGCGGCGCGUUCGAGAAAGCUUCCCUCCUCUCGGAGACGAGCACGCUCGGCGACGCCGGCGAGCUCGACACGAUCCGCGAGGCGUGCCUCGUGGUGGACGCCCUUGGCGGCGCCGCGCGCGACGACCAGGUCAAGGCGUUCGUCGACCGGCAACUGGCGCCCUACGGCGACCUGUUUCCCCGGGGCGGCGACGCGAGCCGCCUCGACGACGCGGAGCGGCGCUUCGCGUGGAUCCGGCGGGUCCUGCGGUCCCUGGAGCAGACCUACGGCGCGUCGCUGCCGCGGCACUGGCAGGUCGAGCGGCGGCUCGUGCUCGGCUUCGUCGCGGCGACGCGGGAGAUGUUCCUCGAGAUUCUGUCGUCGGGCGGCGAGGAGACGCGCGCCGUCGCCGUCGUGCUCAAGGCGCUCCAGAAGUCCCUCGUGUUUGAGAAGGAGGCCCAGGCGCGCUUCGACGAGCGCGGCCGCGCGGUCGACGAACACGCGUACGAGUCCUGGCCCGCGGGGAAGGCCGUCGCGGAGACGGCCGUCGCGGGCGCGCUGAGCGGCGUCUUCGACCCCUUCAUGGACCCCUACGUCCAGCUCGAAAAGUCGAACAUGGACGACAUGAUGGCCAAGGUCACGGCCGAGGAGGCCGUGGACCGCGACGGCGCGCUGCCCGUGCUCUCGUCGUCGGUCCACAUGUUCGCGUACGUGAAGACGUCCGUGCGGCGCUGCACGGCGCUGACGACGGGCCAGACCUUCUUCAAGCUCUACGGGGCCUUCUGCGAGUGCCUGCGGGGCUACGCCGCGCGGCUCUCCGGUCUGUUUCGGGGCGCGCGCGGCUCGAGCCCGGAGCCCGGCGCGGAGACCGACGGGGCGGCGUCGGGCAUCAUCCGGGACUGCGAGGCCGCGUGCUACGCGCUGAACACGGCCGAGUACUGCGCGGAGACCGUCGGCCAGCUCGGCGACAUCGUCCGGGGCAAGAUCGACGCGCCCUACGCGGACCGCGUCGACCUGGAGCCCGUCGCCGACGCGUUCCACGACGUCAUCGCCAAGGCCGUGACGCGGCUCGUGGCGUCGCUGGAGCGCGCGUUGGAGCCCGCGCUCCGCGGCUUCUCGGCGAUCGCCUGGGGCGCCGUCGAGGAGGUCGACGAGGAGUCGCCCUACGUGCGGCUCCUCGCGAACGGCGUGCGGAGCGUCGUGCCGCUCGUGCGCGGCCUGCUCGGCCGCCUCUACUUCCGCAACUUCUGCGACAAGUUCGUCGCGUCGUUCCUGCCGACGUUCCACGACCGCGUGCGCGGCGCGAAGAAGAUCUCGGAGAUGGGCACGCACCAGCUGCUGCUCGACCUGCACUCCGUCAAGCCCGCGCUCCUCCAGCUGCCGAACGCGCGGAAGCUGCCCGAGGACGGCGGCGACGACAAGGCCGGCGGCGACGACGGCGGCGCGCCGCCGCCGCCGGCCUACGUCAAGUUCGUCACGGCGCGGCUCGGCGACGUCGAGCGGCUGCUGAAGCUCGUGGGCACGCCCGACGACAUGCUCGUGGAGCGCUUCAAGAUCAUGUGGCCCGACGGCACCGCCGACGACCUCGCGGCGGUCAUGGCGCUCAAGGACGUCAAGAAGGCGGACCGGGACCACCUCAUGGGCACCUUCGGCGCCGCGCCGGGCGCCGAGGCGGCGAAGCGCGCGAAGACGCCGCCGCCGGCCAAGGCGGCCGCGUCGUCGAGCCCGCCGCCGACCGCGGGCACGACCAUGGACCGCCUCGGCACGAAGAUGCGCGAGGGGUUCUCGAAGGGGCUGUUCUAA